CUGCUUGUCAUUUUCAGUUUUCCCUCGCUCUGGUUUUCGCCCUUCUCUUAGCGUCGACGUUUCACCUUUCUCCGUAUCUCUCCUCCAUUACGCGUGCUCGUAGUUCUCAAUUGAAGCGCAUUCUGAGCUUUGUCCAUAUCACUCCUCCAUUACGCAUAUAUGGUAGAGCAUCUCCACUCUUCAACGGUUCAAUUGCACAUAAUUAAGAGCACUUCUGUAUGGUGAAGUAAAACACCAGGUUGUGGCCACUGUUAAUCAGCAACAAUGACUGACGUGUCAGAAUUUGAAGACGUAGUUGAAAAUUUCAUGGCUAAAGAUGAAUUCAAAGAAUGCUUGGACUACAUAGAGACAAAAAUUGACCCGCAUGUUGUCUUAACUAACACCUAUUUGUUUGAAAAUAAGUUGAACUGUCUUUAUGAAUUGAAUAGAAAGACGGAUGCUUUUAAGGAAGCCAAAGCUUAUCAUGCCAAAUACCUUCCUUUGACUGAUAUUGUUUGCAUUGCUUUGGGAAAUGGAUAUAAUGAUGAAGGCAAUUACACUGAAGCUUAUUUCUUCUUCAGCCAAUUUGAUUUUGAUGAUAAAGCUGCCACUUUAUCAAGAUUAGCAGAGUGGAUUGAACAUGAAGCAAGAAAAAAGUUUGAUGAAGGGAAAUACAAAGAGUGCUUGGAUUAUAUUAAGACAAUCCGUUUGGACAUCAGUGAAGACGUUUUCGAUUGUAAGAUCAAAUGUCUUAUUGAGUUAAAUAAAAAAAAGGAGGCACUUGCUGAAGGCAAAUCACGUCUUGAAUCUGGUGGUGUGUUGUCAUAUUCCAGUUUUGGGAUUCUGGGUUCCAUCUUAGCAAAUAUGGGGAAUUAUAAUGAAGCUCGUGAACACUUCCAGAAGGCUAUUAUGUCUUGUAGAACAAAAGAAGAAAAAUUAAGAUACCGUGACCUGUUAAAAUCUAUGGAGAAAGAAGAGAGGAGAAAGGAAGAUAAACGGGUAGCCAAGAUCGAUCCAACCUUUCUUAAGGGUGGAAACAAGAGAUCUCAAAAAAAAACUUCUAAGUCAACUAAAAAAAACAUCAAACAAAAGGAAGAAGUAUCUGAAAAGAAAAAUGAAGAAAGCCAGUUGCAAAAAGGUGACUCUUAUACAAAAGAAAUGGAAGUUGAGACAAUAAUUGCGGAAGAAAAAUCAGAUUCAAUUGGUGAAUCUGGCAAAGAAAAAGAUGUCGAAAAAAUAGACGAAAUUAGUGUAAAAAAUGAAGAGUGCUUUCGACAACCUUCGAAUUCCGCUGAUUGCGGCCACUACGCUCUCAAGUACAUGGACGACAUCUUAAAAUCCGUGAAGGAGGUUGGAGUCGAAAACAUAGAUGCCGUUAUAUACGACAUUCCAAGGGAAACACACCCUUUGAGGGAUGGAGAAAUGCGCGAAUUGAAAAACAAGAUUGCCGCAUAUCUUGCUAAUUUUUGUUCUUGGUAAAUUGUAUUUAGUUUAGAUUUUUAGGACUUUAAUGUAUAUAUGUACGUACAUAUUAUUAUAUAUUAUAUAUACGAUCGAGAGUUUAUUAUUACAA